UUCUGCCCUCCUUCAUCCAGAUAGCAGAUCACAUCCUAGAUCCUUAGAAAAAAGUGCCUGGAGGGCAUUCAAGGAAUCCCAGUGUCAUCACAUGCUCAAACAUCUCCACAAUGGUGCGAGGAUCACUGUGCAGAUGCCACCAGCGAUUGAGGGCCACUGGGUGUCCACCGGCUGUGAAGUGAGGUCAGGCCCAGAGUUCAUCACAAGGUCCUAUAGAUUCUACCACAAUAACACUUUCAAGGCCUACCAGUUCUAUUAUGCUGGCAACCGCUGCACAAGCCCCACCUACACCCUCAUCAUCCGGGGCAAGAUCCGCCUGCGCCAGGCCUCCUGGAUCAUCCGUGGGGGCACAGAAGCCGACUACCAGCUGCACAAUGUCCAGGUCAUCUGCCACACAGAGGUUGUUGCCGAGAGGCUCAGCCAGCUGGUGAACCGCACGUGCCCUGGCUUUGUACCCCCCGGGGGCACCUGGUUACAAGACAUGCCCUACGAUCUGUGGCGGGAAGAGGAUGGCUGUGAGUGCACCAGGGCCGUGAACUUUGCCAUGCAUGAGCUGCAGCUCCUCCGAGUGGAGAAGCAGUACCUGCAGCACCACCUGGACCGCCUGGUGGAGGAGCUCUUCCUCGGCGACAUCCACACCGAUGCCUCCCAGAGGACGUUCUACCGUCCGUCCAGUUACCAGCCUCCCCUGCAGAAUGCCAAGAACCAUGACCAUGCCUGCAUAGCCUGUCGCAUCAUCCACCGGUCAGAUGAGCACCGCCCGCCCCUCCUGCCCCCCAAGGCUGACCUGACCGUCGGCCUACAUGGCGAGUGGGUGAGCCAGCGCUGCGAGGUUCGGCCCGAAGUCCUCUUUCUCACGCGCCACUUCAUCUUCCACGACAACAAUAACACCUGGGAAGGGCAUUACUACCACUACUCAGACCCCGUCUGCAAGCACCCCACCUUCACCAUCUACGCCAAGGGCCGCUAUAGCCGGGGCGUGCACUCCUCUAGGGUCCUGGGAGGGACGGAGUUUGUGUUCAAAGUGAAUCACAUGAAGGUCACCCCCAUGGAUGCGGCCACAGCCUCGCUCCUCAACGUCUUCAAUGGGAAUGAGUGUGGCGCCGAGGGCUCCUGGCAGGUGGGCGUCCAGCAGGAUGUGACCCACACCAAUGGCUGCGUGGCACUGGGAAUCAAACUACCUCACACAGAGUAUGAGAUCUUCAAAAUGGAACAGGAUGCUCGUGGCCGCUAUCUACUAUUCAACGGCCAGAGGCCCAGUGAUGGGUCCAGUCCAGACAGGCCCGAGAAGAGAGCCACAUCCUAUCAGAUGCCCUUAGUCCAGUGCGCUUCCUCUGUGCCCAAAGCCGAGGACUUCUCUGAGGACCACAGGGCUCACCAGUAUGGGAGCCAGGCACCUGGGAGGAGCCCUCGUCCCCGGUUCCUUGCUGUGCUCAUCUGCCUUUUGACUCUGCUGCACUGGAAUGUCCUCAGAUAG